AUGGAUUUGUUAGCAUCAUUAACUGAGAACAAACCAGUGGUGAUCUUCAGCAAAAGCACUAGUGUCAUGAGUCACACAGUGAAAGCACUUAUAAGAAGUUUUGGAGCCAACCCUGUAGUUGUUGAGAUUGAUAAAAUGGCAAAUGGAUAUCAAAUAGAGAGAGCACUGAUUCAGCUUGGUUGUAGACCAAGUGUGCCAGCGGUUUUCAUAGGACAACAAUUCAUAGGUGGUACUGAUGAAGUUAUAAGCCUCAAUGUUCAAAACAAACUUGCUCCAUUGCUUUUAAACGCUGGCGCUAUUUUCAUUUGGUAG